CCCUGACUACUGCAGAAUUCUCACAGGCCAGCAGUUGGUCUGCCAACUGCUGAAGCCAUCUUUGAUAUUAGAGCCAAGGAAGAAAUAGCUUCAAGUCCUUUGAAAGACCAUCCAUUCCAGGAUCCCCAGUGAAGUGUUUGACUUGUUCCAGGAAAGACCUUUCUCCUGACAUGGAAACCCUUGCUCAGAGAGCGUUGUUUUUGGAUGCCAUACCUGGAAACUUGCUGCUCCAAGGCCCUGUGGCACUCAGAAGAGGCUGGAGAAAGAAGAGGCGCCAUCUCUUCUUGUUCAAUGAUGUUUUGGUUGUGUCUAAUAAUGUACAAAAGAAGAAGCUUAAGGUAAAAUAUAUCAUCCCACUGAGUUGCCUCUGGAUUUUUGACUACGCAGACCUCGUUGGGGGAGACAACAGUGCUACCUGCAAGUCCAUCUUUCUUUUCUGGCCCAUGGAAAAUUUUGUGGCCACCUUUAGUACCAAGGAACAGAAAAAAUGGUGGUGUUUUUUCAUCCAAAGAUCCAUUAACGAAGCCAAGAAGAGGGUUGAGAAUAAGAGUACUACUGUACUGCAGGUUUCCAGGGAUCACAGCCAAGGCUGCACCAGCGCAUGCGCAUAGACACCUGCUGCUGUCUUUACCCAAUCCAGAGGAAGACCCGGGACUUUGUUCCCUCCAGGAUAAAUAAAAUAUUCUUUAUGUUGAGAA